UUGGGGGGCGGGACUUCCGCCUCGCCUUGGUGUUGUCGUCCGCGCUCCGCUCUAGGCUGUGGCGGUCGGUGCGGAGAUUCAGGCAUGAAGUCAGGUUAGAGGACUUCUCCCGCAGCAAGGCGGCAGGGGAGCCUAUUUGUGUUGCGAGGUCAGGCUUCCAGGUGAUUUUAAAGCGAGAUGCUGCUCUCCAUAGGGAUGCUCAUGCUGUCGGCCACACAAGUCUAUACCAUCUUGACUGUCCAGCUCUUUGCAUUCUUAAACCUACUGCCUGUAGAAGCGGAUGUUUUAGCAUAUAAUUUUGAAAAUGCAUCUCAGACAUUUGAUGACCUUCCAGCAAGAUUUGGUUAUAGACUUCCGGCCGAAGGUUUAAAGGGUUUUUUGAUUAACUCAAAACCAGAGAAUGCCUGUGAACCCAUAGUGCCUCCUCCACUAAAAGACAAUUCAUCUGGCACUUUCAUCGUGUUAAUUAGAAGACUUGAUUGUAAUUUUGAUGAAAAGGUUUUAAAUGCACAGAGAGCAGGGUACAAAGCAGCCAUAGUUCACAAUGUUGAUUCUGAUGACCUCAUUAGCAUGGGAUCCAACGACAUUGAAGUACUAAAGAAAAUUGACAUUCCAUCUGUCUUUAUUGGUGAAUCAUCAGCUAAUUCCCUGAAAGAUGAAUUCACAUAUGAAAAAGGGGGCCACAUUAUCUUAGUUCCGGAAUUUAGUCUUCCUCUGGAAUACUACCUAAUCCCCUUCCUUAUCAUAGUGGGCAUCUGUCUCAUCUUGAUAGUCAUUUUCAUGAUCACAAAAUUUGUCCAGGACAGACAUAGAGCUAGAAGAAACAGACUUCGUAAAGAUCAACUGAAGAAACUCCCUAUACAUAAAUUCAAAAAAGGAGAUGAGUAUGAUGUAUGUGCCAUUUGUUUGGAUGAAUAUGAAGAUGGAGACAAGCUCAGAAUCCUUCCCUGUUCCCAUGCUUAUCAUUGCAAGUGUGUAGAUCCUUGGCUAACUAAAACCAAAAAAACCUGUCCGGUCUGCAAGCAAAAAGUUGUACCUUCUCAAGGUGAUUCAGACUCUGACACAGAUAGUAGUCAAGAAGAAAAUGAAGUGUCAGAACACACCCCUUUACUUAGACCUUUGGCUUCUGUCAGCACCCAGUCAUUUGGGGCUUUGUCUGAAUCCCGCUCACAUCCGAACAUGACAGAAUCUUCAGACUAUGAGGAAGAUGACAAUGAAGAUACCGACAGUAGUGACGCAGAAAAUGAAAUCAAUGAACAUAGUGUUGUGGUCCAGCUGCAGCCUAAUGGUGAACGGGAUUACAACAUAGCAAAUACUGUUUGACCUUCAGAGGGUAUUGGGUUUUAUUUCCCUUUAAAGUGUUUAUUUAGGCAUAUAGUUUGAUUUUUUUGCUCCCUUCAGAGAUUUCUGUAGAAAUAACUUAUUUUCUAGUAUUCUACAGUUUAAUCAGAUUACUGAAACAGUUUUUUUUUCAUCUGGUAUUUAUCUGCAGGAGUGUACUUCAUUUCACUGAUAACUAAUAAUAGACUGGUGCUGUAACUCAAGCAUCAAAUCAACUCUUCUUUUGGAAUGAAUAUAGCCAAAACAUUAAAAAAAAAAAAAUUCCUCAGUAUAGCUUGCAAUUAAAGACCUACAUCACAGUAUGCAAGUGUUUCAUGUUUUUACACACAAGGCCAGUGCUGUGACCACCUAGCAUGAACUAACAGGCCAACUCCCAUCCCCAUAAAGUUACCUAGAGUGGUUGAGCUGGAAUAGGCUUGUUCUAGUAUUUCCCAAAAUUGCCAUCAUUAGUGAGAAGUAACAAGGUAAUUUAGCAUUUUUCUUCCUAUCAGAAUCAGAAGGAAACUCAAAGCUGUCUUUUUCCUUUCUAUUUCCAAGCAGUCUUAUCUUGAUAGGAAUGGUGUGUACUAGGGCAGAUUUCAAAAGGUUUUUUUUUUUUUUAAGGUUUUUACUACUAUAGUGUUAUGUAUGAAUUUGAUUCAUCAGCUGAAGUAAUGUCUCUGGACUUAACUGAACUUCAGUAUCCUAAAAGAUUUUGUGUUGUGAUCAAAGCAAAAAGAUGCUGUGUAAAAAUACUAUACUUUGGCAAUUGUUACUACUCAGAUCAUAUACCUCUUAAUAAAGAGCAUCUUAUGCUAAUAAGCCCUGCUAAACUAUGUACAGAGGAAACAGUUCAAGUAUUGAUUUGAAAAUACUGCUUAUGUUUAACAGAACUAAUGAUGUAUUUAAACAAUGUAUUAUGAAAAGCUAAAUUAUACAUUAUUGUAACUAUGUAGAAAAUAUAGACUUUAUGUAUAAUCGAAAUGCUAAGAAUUUUUAUAUGGCCUUGUAUGAAGGGAGUUUGAAUGUUAAUAAACACAUUUUCCACUUUAA